CGAAGAGGGAGGCCAGGGGCCGGGGUGGAAAUGCGGUGAGACGCGAAAGUCUUAUUUGACAGUCUGCGAGGUUAUAUUGGUCUCCUGCUUUUGAUUUUCUUUCUUCAAAGGUCUCUCUCUCACCAUCUAAUGGCAAUGGCGAAGCAGCUCAGAAGGAGCUGAGUGGUAGACUGGUAGGAGACGACCCAACAACCCAGCUUCCUUGAUGAUAUGCAACUUUUACAGUGAUCAAAGCUACUAGAACUACAUCUCUUCUAAGCGGUUUUGUGGGACUGUUUGGAAAUGGAUUCUGAGAAAGUGGUGCACAAUGGAGGAUGUCACUGCAGGCAAGUGAGAUGGCAAGUCCAAGCACCAAGAAGUGUUGUUGCUUGGAAAUGCAACUGUUCAAACUGCAACAUGAGAUGCAACACUCACUUCAUAGUCCCUGCCACAUGUUUUGAAUUGUUAGGAGAUUCCAAAGAGUUUCUCACAACAUACACCUUUGGUACACACAUGGCGAAGCACACCUUCUGCAAGGUUUGUGGCAUAACUUCCUUCUAUGUACCACGAUCUAAUCCUGAUGGGAUUGCUGUGACUGUCUCGUGUGUUGAACCUGGUACCCUGGAUCACAUUGAGAUCAGGCAAUUUGAUGGGAGAAACUGGGAAAGAUCCUAUGGCCAUACAUCCAUUUCUUCAUUCUCAAAAGUGGAGAAUGACAGGACAAAAUGAUUGCCCAAAAACUUUGUUGUUGUUGUUGUUGUUUCAUGAGAAGUUCCUCUCUUGUUUUACGUACACAUAUUUUGGACUUCCUUGUGGUAUGAGAUGGAUAUUUGAUUACAUGAUUAUAUAAUGGAAGCAACUCACCUCUUGUUCCAGAA